UUACCUUUGCCGGUCAUGGCGACGGUGUGUUCAUGUCCAUGAGGCGGGAAGUACCACGUACUCUCUCAGUAAAAGUGGAUUAACGGGGCGAAAUAAACAAUGGCUGGAGUCUUCGACAUUGAUCUGGAUCAGCCGGAGGAAAAUGUCUCCGAUGAUGAGCUCGAGGAGGCUCAGAUCACUGACUUAAUGGAUCAGUGCAGUGGCUUUGAAUUUAAUAUGGAGGACUGUGAGAAGAUUGAAAUAUCUGAGGACAAUGUAAACCAAGGCACAGAGAGCAUACGUCCAGAAUGCUUUGAGUUGUUGCGUGUUUUGGGAAAAGGUGGCUAUGGAAAGGUUUUCCAAGUUCGGAAGGUGACGGGUGCGGGGUCAGGAAAAAUAUUUGCUAUGAAAGUCUUGAAAAAGGCUAUGAUCGUGCGGAAUGCCAAGGACACAGCCCAUACCAAGGCUGAACGCAACAUUUUGGAGGAAGUGAAGCACCCUUUCAUUGUUGAUCUCAUCUAUGCCUUUCAGACCGGCGGCAAGCUUUACCUCAUCCUUGAAUACCUAAGUGGUGGGGAACUUUUUAUGCAAUUGGAAAGGGAAGGGAUUUUUAUGGAAGACACUGCCUGCUUUUACUUGGCAGAAAUUUCUAUGGCUCUGGGCCACCUGCAUCAGAAGGGCAUAAUCUACCGGGACCUUAAACCCGAAAACAUCAUGCUGAGUAGUCAAGGCCAUGUUAAAUUGACAGACUUUGGAUUGUGUAAGGAAUCCAUUCAUGAUGGAACUGUCACUCACACCUUCUGUGGCACCAUUGAGUACAUGGCUCCAGAGAUUCUCAUGAGAAGUGGGCACAAUCGUGCUGUUGAUUGGUGGAGUCUCGGAGCCUUGAUGUAUGACAUGUUAACUGGGGCUCCACCUUUUACUGGAGAGAACCGUAAGAAAACUAUUGACCGUAUUCUUAAAUGCAAGCUGAACCUCCCCCCCUACCUCACACAAGAAGCCAGGGACCUGCUGAAAAAGCUGCUAAAAAGAAGUGCCUCAUCUCGACUCGGAGCCGGACCUGGAGAUGCUACAGAGGUGCAGACUCAUCCCUUUUUCCGGGCAAUUAACUGGGAUGACCUGCUUGCGAGGAAAGUUGAGCCACCGUUCAGGCCUUUCCUGCAAUCGGCUGAAGACGUCAGUCAGUUUGAUUCGAAGUUCACCAGCCAAACGCCUGUAGACAGUCCCGACGACUCCACGCUCAGCGAGAGUGCAAAUCAGGUCUUCCUGGGCUUUACUUAUGUAGCUCCAUCUGUGUUGGAAAACGUUAAGGAGAAGUUCUCAUUUGAGCCAAAAAUUCGUUCACCUCGACGCUUUUUAGGGAGCCCAAGAACGCCUGUGAGCCCUGUCAAGUUCACCGGAGACUGCUGGCCCCGAGGUCCUCCCAUGCCCGGAGUGUCCUCUCUCCAGUCUCCAACGGAGCUUGCCAUGGAGGUGUCUACCAUGGACCAGAUGGACAUCGCUGCCAGUGCUGAAGUCACUGCUCCCCUGCCCAUCAGGCAGGCCCCGGGAUCUGCCAUGGGCCCUUUCAAACAGCAGGCAUACCCAGUUCUGUCCAAGAGACCAGAGCAUCUGCGGAUGAACCUAUGACCAUUAGCUUGACUUAGAGGUUUACUUUGCUGUCUCCGUUUCUUUUAUAUAAAUAUUAGGGAAAAUGGAUAUCUCUCUCCUCCCACCCCCACCGUCAUGCGACCUCCUCCUAUUGUAGACUGUCCUUCCCUGUCUGAUGAGCAUGUGUGGUUUACUGAGCUCGAGACACUACUUCCA